UGCGCAGUGAGGAGAAAGGAAUCGGGUUUGAGGUCGAAUAGAAGAGGGUUUUAAAAUAGAAAUCUCUUCAAGUGAAAAUGCCGGAUGAUUAUAAUAAAGACGCGUAUCCCGAGCCCCCACGCCGGACUCCGGUUGUAGACAAACAGACUGCUCUUCCAAACCCGGUUAUAAUCGCCUCGAAGAUUUUCUAUUACUCUGUGGACUUGCCUGUGACCGCGUUCAGGAACGUUCUAGAAAGCCUCCAGCCCAAAACCAAACUCCAGUACUAUCACCAGAACUUCCGCCGUGUACCAGAGCUGACUGAGUGCCAAGAGGGCGACUAUGCGUGUUAUUAUGAAGCAGAAAUGCAGUGGAGAAGAGAUCACAAGGUGGACCAGGAGAUUGUGAAAAUCAUCGAGCAGCGUGCCCGAGCCUGUCAGCAGCGUGAGGGACCCAGCUACAGGCAGAACUGUGCCAAGGAGGUGCAGCAGUUUAAUGAGGUCUCCAGGGCUUACCAGUCACGUUAUGGAGAUCUUGGUGCGUAUGCCAGUGCAAGGAAAUGCUUGAUGAAGCAGAAAGAGAGGAUGAUCGAAGAGGCACAGAAAGCAUAAACUCUACUCUUAUUUCUGCUGUUCUCACCUUUAUGUAUAAAUGUGUAAAAUAAAUACAUUAAUUGAAA